AUGUCCAAAACUGUGCUCGCUAGACAAUGCUUUUUCUCUCGUCCAAAGCGACAAUUUUCGACGUCGUCUGUUAAAAGGACGUCGACUUCGCCACAGCGUUACAACGUGGCUCAACCUGCUGUAAAACCUGGACCUGGAAAUGUCAAAAAGUUCUCAGACAUACCAGGUCCUUUGGCUCUUCCUAUUAUGAGACAUCACGCCCACGUUCUACCCAGAAUUGGUUGUUUCCAUCACACCGUGGGAUUGGGUCUUCUGGAAGGUCUACAACAGCGAUAUGGAGACCUGGUCCGCUUCGCCAAAGCAACUCGAUCUCGUCCAGUACUAUACGUCUUCGAUCCUGAACUCAUGAAAGAGGUGUAUGAUAGUAAUAUGACGGUAUCGCCACAAUGGAGUCAGUCACCUCUCAACGAACACAGGAAGAAUAUUGACAUGAAGUGCCCGAUGGAGAGAGAUGAAACUAAAGCUAUAUGGUCUGCGCUACGGACGUUGUUACAAGAUGAAUCGUUUCUUAGAAACUAUGAUAAGGCAUUCGAUGACAUAGCUGCUGAUGUUAUACGGAGAUUGGAAGGUCUUAGACACGCAGGGAAUGCACUGAAUGAAGAAUUACAAACAGAAAUUUACCGCUGGGCCAUAGAAAUUAUCGGCGUGGUAAUGUUUGGAAUGCGUUUAGGAUGUCUAGAUGGAAAUGUUCACGUACCCACAGAAGAAAACAGGAAACCAGAGAAGACUUCAAUGGAUGAUCACAUCAAAGAUCUCUGUUCUCUAACAAAAAGAAGAGAACAAGAUCUCUCACCAGCAGAGAGGUUCGUUCGAUGCUCUUUAGACAUCGCAAACGAAAACUAUUUAGUAAGAAGCGAAGAAACUCUGAGACAAGACUCAGAGACGUUUAACGAAGCCUUGAAAACAUUCGACAAACAUUACAGCCUCACAGACCAUUUUCUAUCUCAAGCCCUAGAGAAGCUCAAUAAUGAAGAACUCAAAGCCGAACAAGUGCUUUUAAACAAACUGCGUCCAUUGGAGAGGCGAAUAUUGCCACUCGCUGCAGACGUGUUCCUGGCUGGCGUCGAUCCAUUAGCGCAAACAGCCAUCAGUAUGUUAUACGAGUUAUCACUCCACGCGGCGCGACAGCAACGAGUACAUGAUGAGGCGGGCUGGGUGCGAGCUGUGAGGAGCGAGGGACUUUUGGUGCAAGAGAUGAAGUAUGUAGGGGCCUGUGUACGUGAGGCGGUAAGGAUGUACCCAGCUACUGGAGGAGUUGUGAGGAGGAGUGUGGGGGAAAUGAGACUAGCUGGGUACGAGGUGCCUGAAGGGGUCGACAUAGUGCUUGCUCACGGGGUUUCAAGUAAGUUAGAGAAGGAAUGGGGACGAGCGAAGUCUUUUAUACCCGAGCGUUGGCACAGUGAUAGCUGGCAGCCGCUGAACGCGUCGCGAGCUCAUCCAUACGCAUCUAUGCCGUUUGGUAAAACAUGCCCGGCGUCUGGAAUCGUGAACAAAAUGCUCUCUACACUCAUGAUACGAAUUUUAGAUGAAUAUAGGAUAGAAUGGCACGGAUCCGCUCCACAUAUGGUUACAGCUGGCGUUAACAAAAUACAGAUGCCGUACUAUUUUGUACUGCAAAACGCUGGGUGA